AUGGUUUCAAUUCGAAUUCUCACACUCGGGCUUAUCAUCGUCUCGUUAGCGGCUCUGAUCUCAUCGUCAAGCUCCGAGACGGAUGCGGUGAAGCUAUCGCUGGUAGGUUUCAUGAAGAAGCUCGUGGGACCUGAUUUCCCAACCCAAAAUAACAACAUUUUGGGUUGGGAUAUGGCGACCGACCCGUGUCGAAAUCAGUGGCACGGAGUCCGCUGCGACGUCUCCGGAUCCAUAGUGGGGAUUUUCCUAUCUGGAUUCCGAUUCUCCGGAGCUCUGGACGCUGAACUCCUUUGUUCUGCCGAGUCUCUUUUCUUGUUGAAAUUGCAAAACAAUACCAUACGCGGACCGAUUCCCGAAGAAAUCGGGCAGUGCGGCAAUCUAGCCAUCCUCGAUUUGAGCGACAACCGGUUUGUCGGUCCGAUUCCUAACGAAAUGGGGAGCCUCACGAACCUGACCACCCUCGAUUUGAGCGGCAACCGGCUUUCCGGUCCGAUUCCUGAAACCUUAGGAGACCUGACGAGCCUACUAAUCCUGGACCUGCAAAACAACCAGCUUACGGGCUCGAUUCCUGAAUCGAUCACCAGGCCCACGUACAGGGCGAGCGACCAGCCGCUGAGAUUCUUCCGGGCCGAGAACAACCGGCUCACCGGCCCGAUUCCGGAGUUCAAUUUUGAGAUGCUGGCCAAAUUCAACGUGUCCAACAACGAUUUGAGGGGACCGAUUCCUGACGGAGCUGCUGCCACCGGGUUUUUUGGAGCUGAUUGUUUCAUGGGUAAUCCUGGUUUGUGCGGGGAGCCGCUGCCGUAUUCGUGCCCGCAGCCGCCGGUUCAGAGCCCGGUUCCAUCUGGGUCGCCUGGUCGGACCGAAUUGGGGCUUGUGAUGAUGAUGGUUUCUUCCAUCCUGGGGGUUUCUCUUGUUUCUUUCUCGUUUCGAUUCGUCUACUAA